AUGGAUACUAAUUCUUCUAAUGGCGGUGUUCGCCAUGUUCAUCAGCAUCACCACCAGGGGAGUUCGUCUAAUUUUAAUCCUACGUUACAAAGAAACUUGAAUGAUGGGAGCCGUAUCGGGAACUACCAGAUCAUCAAGACUCUGGGUGAAGGUUCCUUUGGUAAGGUUAAGUUGGCUUACCAUGUUACUACUAAUCAAAGGGUUGCUUUGAAAAUUAUCAAUAAAAAAAUACUGGCAAAGAGUGAUAUGCAAGGAAGAAUAGAAAGGGAAAUUUCAUAUUUAAGGUUAUUGAGACAUCCACACAUUAUUAAAUUGUACGAUGUUAUAAAAUCAAAGGAAGAUAUUAUCAUGGUCAUAGAGUAUGCUGAUCAUGAAUUGUUCGAUUACAUUGUCCAAAGAGAUAAGAUGAGUGAAAAUGAAGCUCGUAAAUUCUUCCAGCAAAUCAUUAGUGCUGUGGAAUACUGUCAUAGACAUAAAAUUGUUCAUAGAGAUUUAAAACCAGAAAAUUUACUGUUGGAUGAAGAGUUGAACGUAAAGAUUGCAGAUUUCGGUUUGUCAAACAUAAUGACUGAUGGUAAUUUUUUAAAGACUUCGUGUGGUUCUCCAAAUUAUGCUGCCCCUGAAGUCAUCAGUGGGAAACUUUAUGCAGGUCCAGAAGUAGAUGUUUGGUCCUGUGGUGUGAUCCUUUACGUCAUGUUGUGCCGUCGUCUACCUUUCGAUGACGAUAGCAUCCCCGUCCUAUUUAAAAAUAUCAGCAAUGGUAUCUACACUUUACCUAAAUUUUUAUCUCCAGGCGCUGCAAACUUAAUUAAAAGAAUGCUUAUCGUCAAUCCGUUGAAUAGAAUUAGCAUGAACGAAAUCAUGGAGGAUGAAUGGUUUAGAGUAGACUUCCCAGAAUAUUUAGAGCCGCAGGACAUGAAAUUAAAAUCCUCCAAGGAUAACAACAACAGUAAUGAUGGAUCGUCAGAAGAAAUCAAUGAAGAUCUAGUAGACAUCCUAUCAAGAACAAUGGGUUACGAGAAACAUGAAAUUUAUGAGUGUUUACAAUCUACAGAAGAUAACCCAGUGUCGAACGAAAUAAGAGAUGCAUACAUGUUGAUAAAAGAAAGUAAGUACCUAAUGAAUGACAUAAAUUCGAAAGUGAAAACUAAAGACGAUCUAGACACUUUACUCACUCAAUCCUUACCAUCGUUAAACAGAAAGCCAAAUUUACACACUUACGGACAUCACCAAAGACCGAUUAUUAGUGCUUCUACCCAACAAAGAACACGUACAUUCAUGGAUUUAGCUAAAGAAGAAAAUUCUACAGUGGCAAUUUUACCAACUUCAUUACCUCAAAUCCAUAGAGCCAACUUGCUGGCAUCUGGAUUACCAACUGCAGCCUCAAUUUCGCCUUUGGUCAAUAAAAAAUCAAAGACAAAAUGGCAUUUUGGUAUUAGAUCAAGGUCUUAUCCAUUGGACGUCAUGGGUGAAAUAUACAUUGCUUUAAAAAAUCUAGGGGCCGAAUGGGCUAAGCCAUCUGAAGAAGAUUUAUGGACCAUUAGAGUAAGAUGGAAAUAUGAUGUUUCGCAAAAAAAUAAUGAAGUUGUCCCUGACCUAAUGAAAAUUGUUAUUCAAUUGUUCCAAAUCGAAACCAAUAACUAUUUGGUAGACUUUAAAUUCGAUGGUUGGGAAAAUAGUAGAGGUAUCCCUUUACCAUUGUCAAAAAUAACUGAUGAUGAAAUGUGUACCUUUUCAGCAUACCCAUUUUUGCAUUUGACUACAAGACUGAUAAUGGAGUUAGCAGUAAAUAGCCAAAACGGUUAG